AUGGCGCCCAUUUCCAUCCGGUCCCUCGUCCUCCUCGCGACCGCGCUCGUCAGCGUCAGCGCUGGCAAAAUCUUCACGUCGCCCAGCCAGGUUACGAAGAAGUAUGACUUCAUCGUCGUUGGCGGUGGCACGGCUGGCAGCGUUAUAGCAGCCCGUCUCUCAGAAGUCGCUUCUGUGAACGUGCUGGUCAUCGAGGCCGGCGGGCUCGACAACACCACCUUUUUUGACGCCAUCUACACCCCACUAUUGGCGGGUUCGGCACUUGGAACGGAUAUCGACUGGCAGUACACCUCCGUUCCGCAACCCGGGCUCAACGGACGGACGGUCAAUGUCCCGCGAGGGAAGGUGCUGGGUGGUUGCAGCGCCAUCAACGGCAUGAUAUAUGCGCGUGGCUCUGCCGACGAGUAUAACCGUCUCGCUACCGUCUCCGGAGAUGCAGGGUGGUCAUGGAAGAAUCUCAAGUCCUACAUGCUCAAGAACGAGCAACACAGUCCUCCGUGGAACGGCCGCUCCAACGUGGGCCAGUACGACCCUGCCUGGCAUGGAAACGGGCCUUUGCUAACAGGCCUUACUCCACAAGUUUUUGAGCUCGAUAAUCGCGUCAUGGCCAACACGAGGACUGUCCCGAACGCCUUCCCUUUCAACCUGGACCCUAACUCGGGCGUGCUCAAUGGUGUUUCAUGGCUUGAGACCACUGUUGGCAAUGGCAUGCGCAGCACGUCUGCAUCGAAAUACCUUCACCCAGCGGUCAAUACACGAAGCAACCUCGACGUUCUAAUCAAUACGCAAGUCACUAAGCUCGUUCAGACAGCGUCAAAGACUUUCCGAGGAGUCCAGGUCGCUCAGGGUGCCCAGGCUGCAAGCUUCUCAUUCACCGCUUCCAAAGAGGUCAUUCUUUCUGCAGGCAGUAUUGGCACGCCCCAACUCCUUCUCCUUUCUGGUAUUGGUCCAUCAGCGCAGCUCCGGCCAUUAGGCAUUCCGACUGUCCUUGACAAUCCCGAUGUGGGCCGUAAUCUGCAAGACCAGACGAUCCUCAACCUCCAGUGGGAGGUAAACCCGGCCUUCUCCACCCUCAGCGCCUUCUUCGCCAAUGCGACCGCCUUCGGGGGCGCCCUCGCUGAAUGGCAGGCAACACAUACUGGCUUUGCUGCGGGCAACACCGUUGUCAACACCAUCGCCUUCCUGCGUUUGCCAAACAACUCCCCGCUCCUCGCCAACCGGCCGGACCCCGCAGCUGGGCCCGGCUCGCCGCACUUUCAGAUGGCCUUCCUGAACCUCUUCCUGGGCAACCCCGGACAGGCCGCGCCCGCCAGCGGGAGCUUCAAUACUGUCGCGCUCGUGCUGCAGUCCCCCACAACAGUUGGCUCCGUUAAUAUCACCUCCUCUUCCGCGUUUGCGAAACCAGCAAUCGACAACGCCCUCCUCGGUACCUCCUUUGACAUCGGCACCAUGGUCGCUGCCGCCCGCACGGCCCAGGCAUUCUUCUCGACCCCGGCCUUUGCUGGGUACUUUGUCAGCCCGGCACCCGAAACCGCAGCAGCCUUGGCGAGCGACGCCGCGCUGACCGCAUAUAUCCGCAAAUAUGCUGAUUCGAUUAAGCAUCCCGUAGGGACGGCGCGCAUUUCGAAAGGGUCAGACAGGACGGGCGUCGUUGACGGGUCGCUGUUGGUUAAGGGAUUGACUGGCGUCCGGGUUGUGGACGCUAGUGUAUUGCCACUUGCCCCCGCGAGCUUCCCCCAAGGCGAAGUCUAUAUUCUCGCGGAGCGCGCCGCCGACAUCGUCAAGAAGGCGUGGAACCUGCAUUAA